AUGGCGGGCGGCGAGGAGAACGGGAGAGAAGGGAGCCUCGGGGAGCCGCCUCCCCCUUCUGACGAGCCGCCGCAGCCCCUCGCUGAGGGGCUCCCCGAGGAGCAGCCCCGGCCCGGCCCUCCUCACGGCCAGGAUGAGCGGGAGGAGAACGGCGAGGAGGAAGAGUCGGAGCGCUCGGAGGGUCACUUGGAGGGGGUGUUGGAUGAAGACACCGCCGCUGAGGGACUCCACACCUUCGGCCGCUCAGCCCCUGGGACUGAAUAUGUUUAUCUUCAUCUGUCACUUCCAGGUCGUGACUUGAGUGACAUCAGCAUUCUCUCUGGAUACGUUCACCUGCAGAAAAUGGAGCUUUCCUCCAAUAAAAUUAAUGAUCUUUCCUGUGUCAGUCACAUGCCUUAUUUAGUAGAGCUGAAUGCUUCCAAAAACCAACUGACCACAUAUUUCAAUUUUAAAGCACCUAAAAACCUCAGGGAAGUAGAUUUUUCACACAAUCAAAUCCCAAAAAUGAAAGAUUUGUCAGCAUACCACUCGCUUACCAAGCUCCUGCUGGAUUUUAACGAGAUUGAAGAGAUCAGGGGGCUGGAGGAGUGUCACAGCCUGACCCAGCUGGGUUUGUCACACAACAGGCUCGCUGCCAUCAGGGGCCUGCAGCAUUUGCCCAUCAGGAUCCUCAACCUGAGCUUUAACCAGAUUGAGAAGGUGAAUGGGCUGAAGACCUUGAAAAAUCUGCAGUGGGUGGAUCUGUCCAGCAAUAAAAUAAACAGUCUGCAAGGCUUGGAGGAGCACGACCUACUGGAGGUGAUCAACCUGGAGGAUAACCAGGUGGCUGAGCUGAGUGAGCUUAAAUGGAUUGAAGAUCUGCCUCUCCUCAGGGCUUUAAAUCUUCUAAAAAACCCUCUACAGGAAAAAGAUGGUUAUUGGCUCUCAGCGAUUUUCAUGUUGCUCCAAGUCACGGAUCUGGAUCUCAAGAAGGUUUCAGUGGAAGAAAAGGUGGCUGCCGUGAAUAAAGAGGACCCUCCUCCAGAAGUCAUGGCUGCUGAAGAUCACAGGAUUCAGAUUUUGUACAAUGCUCAGCAGCCCCAGGAAGUCCUGCCCAGCACUCUGCCUGAUUCUGAGCAGCCCUACCCCAUGCUGGUGUUACUGGGCCCUGUGGCCGGUGGCAGGAGGCAACUUUCUCUCAAAAUCUGCAGAAAAUUCAAGAAUUUCUUCAGAUUUGGGCCCUGCCACACCACCAGGGAAGCUUAUUUUGGGGAAGAAAACAGAUUCGAUUAUUAUUUCAUUUCUCAAGAGGAAUUUGACACAAUGGUGAAAGCUGGUGCCCACAGCUUGAAGAAUACCCACUUUAGACCCAGGUACGUGCUGUUGGUGCCAAAGGACAAGUGGAAAUACGGGGUCCACCUGAGGAGGACAGGGUUGUUCAGCAGGCCGGAGAUCGACGAGGCGGUGAGCAGGGUGGACAUGUACCUGCAGGUCAGCCAGGACGUGCCCAGCUACUUCCAUGCAGUCAUCAACACUGAUGAGCUGGAUGAGGCAUUCACAGAGCUUACUCACCUUGUCAAGGUCUACCUGGGCUUGGAGCCACCUGACAUUUCGGACAGCUUUCAAGGCUUCAGGAGCAGGGCAGGUUCCAGACAACAGCGCUUCCCAGAGGAAAAGUCGUCCCCGGGCAGAGGAACUGCUGCGCACUCUCGGACUCCGUCCUACGGUGACCGCUCGGAGCGUUCCACCAAAACCUAUCCCAGGGACAUCCUGGACAUGCUGACUGCGCCCCCAGGCUCUGUGUUCUCCUGA